AAUGAAGGAGCAGACGGACAUUCUUUUUUCAAGUAGCGCUACUCGAUAGCGAGUCACACGUCAUGUGGCCUAUCUUGAAAGAUAAGCAAAUUUCAACAGGCUAGACCUAUGGUGAAAAUAACGAUAAUGAGACGGUCUUGAAAGCGUCUUUUAAAACUUAAAGUUUCUGUUUUUAGACGUGCAGAGACACAAUGUCGCUCUAUCGUAAACGUUUUUUCGCGCCGAGUUAAUGGAAAUUUCACCCGUUAGCGUCGCGAUGGCACAAAGACUGAGGUGAUGUUGCAGUGACGUCGUAAUCGUGAGACAGAAGGGAUAAAAGCCGAGAUCACCAUCUGUUUCAACAGCAACAUCCAACUUGCGGCGACUCGAUGAUGCGACAUCCAACAGCUCUCAGUACGCAUGCGUUCGUCAGCGGAAGGCUGACACAAGGCGUAUUGUAGGACGGGCUUUAUUCACACCGCUAUUCUGGCCUCCUGCGUGAAGUGCGACGGGGUUUAAAACAGCUGUUCUGCUGGAUGGUUGCUUUGACAGGGAGAUCGACGGAUAAAGCGGAUGACUUAUCAGACAUCCAGGCUCUUAAAUGAUAUCGCGAAUAUUCCGUGGAGAAAACGAGAAUGUCGCGCUCAAACGCAAACGGCAAAUCGACACUCUAAAAAUCUUUAACGACAAUGUGAUAGAACUCAGAGAAGAUGUGGACUAUCAGGUGGAAUUUCAUGCCGGCGAAAGACGAAUGGCAAUUAUGGUUUCCCUGUCGCCAAAUUUUCCACUGGAGAAGCCAGUACUUAGAGUUUCCCCACCGAUAAGUCAUCCCUGGUGCAACGAGCAUAGUGAAGUCACCAGUGCACCAGGAUUACUGAAUUUUUCAGUACAUAGUGACCUGGGUCGAGUUGUUCAAGCUAUUAUCAGAGAACUUAGCAAGAAUCCGCCGCAGCUAUUAGAGGAUAUUUCACCUGGCUCUACUAAAUCUCACAGAGACUUACAGGGAAGAAACUCGCCAUCUUACACGCUUCAACAAUAUCCCGAGAUUCCGUCUACGUCGUUCAACUCGUAUUACAGUACGCAGUUCCCACACUUGUCGUCCUCCAGUGCGAACACGAGCAUUUACAAUUGUAAUUACACGAGCUCCGGUCACACGUACGUUUCGAACUCGAAAUCGUUCGGUGGUACGUCGCACCAUACGGCAUAUAUUCCAAGUUCUAGGAGUACCCUUCACAAUACCACACCCACGAGGUACACCUCGAAUCAACACGGCACGGCCUACCUGAAUUCGCACUAUGCAAACACUAACUAUCAGCAGCCGUUGCCAAGUCAAUCGCAAACGAAAGUUCCGCAAAGUAUAAUAUUUCCCGAAUUGAAUAAUCUGACUAACGAGGAAUUGAAGAGGCUCAGCGAGGAUGAAGACAGACUGGACGAAUUUUUGGAGAAACAUUCCCAAAUUAAAGACAUAAACGCGGCGAUCGAAGACGCUAUGGAUUGGGUUGAAAAAACUGCCGAAGCUAACGUAGCCAAAGAACCCGAGCUGAAACAGCUACAAGCUGAUGUGGCAAACAAGGUGAAAACGGUGACUGUGCUGAAAGCCAGAUACGACCAUCUCAUACAACAAUACAACAAACUAUCGGAGGUUUUCACGCCGGAUCACAUAAAAGAGUGUCUGAGACUGGCGGCGGACGAGAGUCACGAACAAAGCGAGAAGAUCGCCGAGGAUUUUCUCAACAGGAAAAUCGACGUCGAGCGCUUUCUCAGCACGUACAUCGAGUGUCGGAAAUUGGGCCAAGCGAGACGAACUAAAGAAGAGAAAUUGGCGCAUCAGUUGAACGAAUUGAAACGAGCUGGUUACUGAAAAAUGGUAAAAAGAGAGAGAUAAAUAGAGAGAGAGAGAGAGCGAGAGAGAGUCUAUAUAUAUAUAUAUAUAUAUAAAGAUAUAUAUAUAAUCAUUUUUUUCUAUGGAUCGAACAAAACUGUAAAUAAGACUUAGUUAAAUUAAACGUUAUUGUGAAUUAAAAAUAGCAUUCUCGUGAUUCGUGACCAAAUAUCUAAUGUGGUUAGAGCAUACGAUUCGACCGAGAGAGAAGCAUUUUUUUAUAAUAAUGUAAAUGUGUAUUAUUCGCUUGUUACUUACGCUACAUUCUCAAUUGCUUUAAAACGCAUGGCAUUCCAGAAUUUAAACACACAUAUAUACACAGACAAGCGGCGCUAAACGUACAAAGUGGUUAAAAGAACAAGUGCUUUAAGGUCAACGGCGAUGAAAUUAAUUGUUACAACGUAACAUUUCCGAAUGAGAUGUAACAGGAGAAAAGAAAGAUUAAAUGGCCAGAAGAGUUAAAUCACGUUGAACAAUCGUGUAAUGGAGUUGCUUCAACGAGUACUUACUCUAUAUAGUGUAAACGACAAGGCUUUAAUUAUAUUAGUUUUGCACGUCUCUCGCGGGAUGCCGUCGCGAUCAGCUCUGACGGAGGUACGUUUUUUACUAUGUAAAUAAACGCGCAGCGUUGUAAUUAAAUCGAUUUUUGGAAAUUUGC